AUGGGACAAGAGAGCCACGAUAUGGUUGAGGAGCCGCAGAACUCUCAAUCUGUGUCUGAUGACCACGCGUACAGCUUCAGGACUCCGCGCGAACACCCAGAGACAACUUGGGUUAAUAUCUUGGUCAUCAUCACCGCUUGUCUGGGAGGAUUCCUAUACGGAUUUGCUGCAAAUGCUUACGCUGGCUCUCUAUCACAAACGACGUUUAUCGCUAAGUUUCUGUCUGUGGGUAACGCAGCUGCACUAGAGGAUGCUAUACUUGGGGGCUUCCUUGGUGCUGCCCUGGUUGGUGCACUUUUCCAGGCCCCCUUGGCUAAUAUGUUUGGCCGUCGUGUCGCAAACGGAGCUGCCGCCGUCCUUAUCAUCAUUUCAGGUGCCAUUCAAGCUGGAGCUGUCAAUGUUGGCAUGUUUAUAGCGGGGCGUGUCAUUUGCGGUGUUGGUUCUGGAAUGGUGUUCGCAAAUACCCCCGUUUAUAUGAGUGAGGUUUCACCACCACGCACUCGUGGCCUUCUUGUGGGCUUGCACGGUGUAGGCGUCGUGACUGCUUAUAUACUAGCUGCAGUAUGUGCGCUUGCGUUUUCAUUUGUCGAGGAUGCUAUCCAGUGGCGCUGUAUCUUCGUUAUCUUAACUGGACUUGGGGUAAUAUAUCUGGGGUCAUUAUUCUUCAUUCCUGAAUCUCCACGCUGGUUGAUGGAGAAGGAUCGCGAGGAAGAAGCCGGAAAGGUCCUGGAAUACUUGCACAGUUCUAAGGAUGACACGAAGGCCACAUUUGCUCACGCCGAGUUAAAACAAAUCAAGGCUCAAGUCGAGCUUGAGAGAACCACGCCAGGUGGAUUUAUCUAUAUCGCCCGCACACCCAGUCACCGAAAGAGAGCGCUUUGCUCUAUUCUUAUGUGGGUUAUGGGCCAAGCGACUGGUAUUACUACCAUUGGAAAUUUAAUUCCCACCUUGAUGGGCUCCCUGGGAUUCGGCACUACCAUGCAGCUAGGUCUCGGGGUAGUCUGGACUGUGUGUGCAGUUAUCGGAUGCGGUAUCAACGUCCUGAUCAUGGAUAAGGUCGGACGAGUCAAACUUCUCGUCAUCGGUGGAUUUGGAAGUGCUUUGAUUGUCGGUCUUAUGGGAGGCCUUGAGAAGCACUAUCUUAAUACUACCUAUAUGCCGGGAGUCAACGCGACCGUUGCUCUGUACUUUAUCUUCGGUGCCUUCUUCACUUCCACCAUUGAGUGCACCGCAUAUGUCUACGGAUCCGAAAUUUGGCCCACCCGUCUACGCAGUGAAGGCGCAACUAUCGUUUACGCUAGUUUCUUCGCCAACGCAGUCGCAUAUGCCGCUCCGGUUCAGCAGGCCCUUGAUAGCAUUGGAUGGAAAUACUACAUGAUAUUUGUCGCUGUCACCACUGUGAGCACUAUAGUGCUUGCGUUCUAUUUCCCCGAGACAAAGGGACUCAGUCUCGAAGAAAUCAAUGCCAAAUUCGGUGAUACCGUUGUCAUCGACCUCAAAGAUGCUAUUGCUGCUGAGGAUAAGAGCCCUGCCGAGGCGAAAGGACAGUGUUGA